CGGACCACAGGCUGUCGGGCAUGUGAUGCAUGAAGGCAAUUAAAGCGCGAGCGCAACAUGACUCCACAACACAGCUAGGUGGGGGGGAGUGCUGUUACUUCCGCUGAUGGACAAUACUUUAUGAAAAAGCACGCAAUACUUUUCAUUGGACGAAGUGUUGCCAUGGCAACACGACAAACCUCAACCAAAAAAGAAAUGGCGUUCCUUCAGUGGAGCUGCCAGGACGUGGCAAAGUGGAUAGAAUCCAUCGGAUUUCCCCAAUACACGGCAUGUUUUACUGAGAACUUCAUCACAGGGAGAAAGCUGAUUUACGUAAACUGCUGUAAUUUGCCACGAUUAGGAAUCACAGACUUCAGACACAUGCAGGAGAUCUCAGCACAUGUCCGGGUGCUACUUGGCAUUACUGAGCCAUUGUGGAGUCGCAGUAUUGUAGAUCCUCCACGAGAUGAUAUGGGGAUGUAUUUGGAAGUCAAAAGCAGGACUGGAAAAAAGCUGAUUCCCUUACCUAUGCGGAAUUCCUCAAUAACAGGAAGAAGUAGAAAGCAAGAUUAUAGUAUAAGCAACUUAUGAAGUUCAAUAAAGCAAAAGCCCAAAGACA